CUGCAUUUGGGCCUGUUAAUAAAGUAAAAAGUACUAGGCUAUAUAUGCAAAAAGAUAGUUACGCUUAUUUGAGCCACCACAAAAUUACUGAGGCCCUUUUCAUUCAUUUCAUAUCAUUUUUGGCUUAAAGUGUGACAUAAAUGUUGUUCUUAAUUGAACGUUUAAACACAAAUUAUUUGUGUUUUGUUGCGCGCGACGAACGUCGUCAAAAGGUUUUCCCCGACAAUUUCCUGUAGGAAAAUCCUUUCAAAAGUCAUCGCAUCGCAAAAGUCAAACUGUUAAAGGGAGUAUGAACUGUGGAUAGAGCUUUUAUGUUCAUAGGAGGCGGAUCCACUGGAUUGAGAUCGAGUCCAUCAUCUGCUCCUGCCCACCGAGCCAAAAUAUCCCAGCAUUUCACUCUCCAUUUUCCUCUCGCCACAUCCUCUCCGAAUAAAAGCGACUUCCAGUGUCCUAGAAAAAUAACUCGGACAGCACGCGCAUAUGAGUCCUCUGAGGUUGUGGUCAUGUCGUUUGUGCUGAAGCUGUUUCGCAGAGAGCGCUGAUGAGAAAUCAGACAUCAGCAUCAAUCAGGAUGUCUCUGAUGUUUGGGAAAGCAAGAACUUGCAACAUUGUCACGGUCCCUGAGCAUGAGCCCUUGGAGUGUAACAUAGUGAUCUUGGGAGCUAUGGGAUCUGGAAAGUCAGCACUUACAGUGAAAUUCCUCACGAAGCGCUUCAUUAGCGAAUAUGACCCAAACCUUGAUACUUACACUUCGGAAGAAGUUGUGGACCAGCAGCCGGUUCUGGUUAAAGUGAUGGACACGGCUGAUCAGGAUGGACCAGUCAACUGUGAGCGCUACUUGAGCUGGGCCAAUGCCUUCAUCAUUGUCUACAGCAUUGACAACCGGAACAGCUUUGAGGCCUGCCAGCAGUACUUGGAGACUGUGACCCUUUACUCAAAAGGCCUGCAACCAGAAGCUCCUGUCAUUCUUCUAGGCAACAAAGUGGACAUGGAGAGAUACAGACAGGUGAGUAAGGCAGAUGGUGCCGCUCUGGCCUUGCGGUUCGGCUGCCUGUUCUUUGAAGUUUCCGCCUGCUUGGACUUCCUGUCCGUUCAGCACAUCUUUCACGAAGCCAUUCGGGAAGUGAGGCGAGAAACAGAGAGGAGUAUCCGUCCGCUGUUCAUCAGCGAAGACAAAUCUGCGAUCAGCCUGUCCUCCGCCCCUCCCCUCACCGCCUGCUAUAAAGAGCUGCCCACCCCAGCCACCGCAAAGCUGGUUACGGUCAAGUCCUCGAGAGCUCAGAGCAAACGCCGAGCCCCCACGCUUACACUGCUCAAGGGCUUCAAGAUCUUCUGAUGUAAGGACGCCCUCUUCUGAUAAUGGACAGGAAUGCUUGUUUGGAUGUCACAUCGGCUCAUUUAGCAUCAAAGCUAACAGAACCUGAAGGAUUGCAACGUCUCUCACAUAGGCUACCUGAGAAUGCAGUAACUGUGUGAAAAUGGACAGAGUGCUAAUGAAUGUCUUCGAUAGCAUUUCUGAUCAUUCUGUUAUAAUUGUUGACUUUUUUUUCACUACUUUUUGCACCAGUAUUAUGCUUGUAUUUUAUUGUGGCAAAACAAUUUCCACUUAAUAUAUUAAUUUCAGAGGAUUCAUCUGGACAUUUUUAUUUAGUUAUUUUUUUUUUUUACACCGCAAAACACAAAACCUAAUCAUGCACAGAAUACCAAAGAAAGUUUCAGGACAAAAUAAACACUUUUAUCUUUAUUUGUUCUUGUUAAACUAUAAAAAAUAAUGUUAGUAUUGAUGAAACACUGAAAUUACCAUGUUUAUCAUAUUGCAUCACAUCAAGUGAGAGAGAAGAGAAUAAUUUACAUUGCUUGAUAUGGGAAGCAUAAAGAUAUGAAAAUUAAAUAUUUGGUUUAAUCCAUAAAAGUUUGUACGGUAAACUAUUACUUUAUGGUUCAGAAAAAAAGUUAACUCGCGACCAAUUUUGAUGCAUUUUUUUUUAUGACAAAUGCCUUUUGAAAUAAACUAUAAAACUUGAAAUUAAUAUAUGUGUAAAUAUAUUAUGUAAUUAUAAAUCUGGUUGGUUGAACCAAAGUUAAAAGCAUAUAUUUUGGGCUAGGGAAACCAAGUGCUAUAAUUAUUAAACACUGGUGGCCAAAAGUUAUUACAAGAAAUAAUUGUUUU